AUUCGUAAUAGGAAGUCAAAAAAAAAAAAAGCAAGAAAAAAGAUUAAGAAAAUAACAAGGGAACCGUUGCUAAUGGAUACAAAUAAUACAAAGAAUGAACCAAUAAAUAAUCAAAAUUAUUCAUUCUUACACCAUGAAAAGGAAAUACCACAAUGUGAUAUGAGUUUGAAAAAUCGAAAAGAUUUGAAGUAUAAACAAGUAAAGAAAUCCAAAGCACCUAAAGGAAUGUAUAUGGAAAAUGAAAAAUAUUUUAAGUAUGAACAUAUGAAGAAAUCCAAACCUCAUGAAGGAAUGCAUAUGGAAAAUGAAAAUAAGUGCAUUCGUGAAGCUGUAGAAGUAUCAAAGAAGCAUGAAAAUGAAUUUAUAUUGAGAGAAAAAUUAAAUGAAGAUAAUCCUAGAAAUGAAAUUAAAGAUGAAUUAAAUAAAAAUAGAUUAGAAGAAAAUCCUGUUCAUAUUGUAGGGUAUAUUAGGAAAGAUACAUUAAAUGAGGAAAAAGCAAAUGAAAUAAAUUCACAUAAGGAAAAAUCUACAUGUGAUGUUGAAAUGAAAAAUUUAGGAAAUAAAACAACAAUCGAGAAUGAUGUAUGUAAUUGGAAUUCAUGGGUAGAUAUACAUAUGAUUGCAUUACUAGAGUGUAAAAAAGAGGAAUGGAAAUUGAGCAAAACUGAAUUUUUUAAUAUUUGUUUAGAAGAGAUCGAAAAAGAUGGAGAAAAUUCUAAUUUAAAAGAAAUGGGAAAUAAUUUUGUAAUGAAAAUUAAAGAAGAAAAUAAUACCGAUUCAAUAGAUAAAAAUAGUAGUAUAUUAGAGAAAUAUAAAAACGAAAUGUGGUUUAUUAAUUUGAAGAAAGAAUGGAAACAAGAACAAGAAAAACACUUACAAUAUUUAGAAGAACAUGAAAUUAAAAAUAUGACAGAAUUGGGAUUAAAUAAUUUUAUUCUAGGUAAGAAAAAAAAAAUAUGGAAGAAAUGGAUAGAAUGGCAAAUAGAGCAUUCAUACAAAUACAAAAAUCAGAAUUGGUUUAUAAAAUUGUUAGAAGAAUAUGAAAAAGAAGAAAUUGAAGAAAAUUUAAAGGAAGAAAAAAUAGAGAAAGGAAGAAAUAAAGGAAUAGAUAAAAAUGAAAUGAAGAAAAAUUUGGAAAGGAGAAUUUUGUUAGAUAUUUAUAUGAUGGUAUUAGAGGAAUGCAUGAAAGAAGAGUGGGAAAAAGAAGAAGAAUUUUAUAAAACAAACAUUAUAGAGAUAAGAAAAUAUAAAGAUUUGGAUGAAGAAACAAACAUAUUAGAUAAAAUAGAGAAAGAAAGAAGAUGGAAUGUUAUAUCAGAGAAAAAAAAAGAGGAAAUAGAAAAAUGGAAAAGAGAAAAAUGGUUUAUUGAGUUAAUGUUAGAAUGGAAAAAUAGUGAAGAAAAAUAUAUUAUGGAGACAAAUGAAGAAAUUUUAGUAAAAAAGAAUAAAGAAAUAAUAAUAGAUGUUGUCUUAGAAAGAAAAAGCAAUAUAUGGAAAAAACACUGUGAAAAUAUUUGUAAAAAGUGGAAAGAUGAUGAUAACGAUGAGGAAUGGUUUACAAAGUUAGUGAAUGAAUAUGAAAAUGAAGAGAAAGAAUAUAAAAGUAGAAUUGAUAAAAAUAGUAUAGAAAAAAAAAUAGAAAAUGAAAAAACCAUAGAAAGAGGUGAAUCCAUAACAGAGUUUAACAAAAAGGGAGAAGAAAAAAUGAGAAAAUAUGAAAGGAAUAAUUUAGAUGAAUCAUAUGAAAAGAAUAAUUCUUUGAUAAACAAAAAAAAAUUAAAAUGGAAGACUUUAAUAGAAAUAUAUAUGGUAAUAUUGGAGGAAUAUAGAAAAGAGGAGUGGUUAUUGAGUAGAGGAAAAUUUUUAGAAAUCUGUUUAGAAGAAUUUAUAGAAGAUAAAGAAAAAUAUCCAAAAAAAAUAGAAAAUGAUUUAGCAAGGUUGAGAGAAGGGGAAGAAGACAUUAGUACAUUGAUGAUAGAGAAACAAAAACGUUUAUGGAAAAAUUGGGUAGAAAGAAACAAAAGAAUGUCAGAGAAAUGGAAAAAAGAAGAAUGGUUUAUUAAUUUGAAAAACGAAUGGGAAAAAGAACAAGAAAAAUUUGAUGAAUUAACAAAAGAAUCAGAAAUAUCAGAUAUAAAAGCAGGAAAAAAUCCUAUGCUAGAAAAACAAAAAAGAAUAUGGAAACAAUGGCUAAAAAAACAAAGAAUGUGGUUUAUACUACAUAGCGAGGAUGAAUGGUUUAACAAUUUAUUAGACGAAUACGAAAAAGAGAAAGAACUUAAGGAAGGAAUGACUAAAAAAGAUGCGAUAGGAGCGAAGAAAAUUCAUGAAAAUAUAGAGGAAUUGAAACAAGAAAGAGAUGAAGAAAUAAAGAAAUAUAAAAAAAAAGAAAAAUUGAUACAAAAAGUUUUGAUAGAAAUACAUAUGACGCUAUUAGAAGAAUGUAUGAAAGACGAAUGGCAAAAAGAAAAAGAAUGUUUUUUUAAAACAAUGAUGAAAGAGUUGAAAUUACAAGAAAUUUUAGAUGAACAUGUUAUCAUAUUGGAAAUAAAAAAAAAAAGAAGUAGGAAUGCUAUAUUAGAUAUUGAAAAAGUGGAAAUAGAAAAAUGGAAAAAGAAAAAAUGGUUUAUAGAGUUAAUAUUGGAAAUGAAAAGAAAAGAAAAGGAAUACAUAAGAGAAGUAUAUGAUGAUAUGAUAGCAAAAAAGAAUGAGGACAAAAUUAGAAAUCCCAUGUUAGAAAUGCAAAAAAUUAUAUGGAAAAAACACUGUGAAGAUAUUCAUAGGAGGUGGAUAGAAAAAAAUAAUAAAGAAAUUUUACAACACUAA